AUGUCCGUCAUUACCAAGGUUCACGCUCGCCAGGUUAGUACUCCUUUGCAUCUUCUGCGCAUCGUAUCCGGUCCGAUAUAUUCCGACGUCGCUCGGCUCGCCCUGCGUUCAACCAUCGUAACAUUGCGGAACGCUCAGAGCCGCUUCCGCGCCCAGGUCCCCUCCGGUGCUUCGACUGGCGCCCACGAGGCCGUUGAGCUCCGUGACGGUGGUGACGCUUACGUCGGCAAGGGUGUCACCAAGGCCGUUGAGAACGUCAACAACGUCAUCGGCCCCGCCCUUAUCGAGGCCAAGAUCCCUGUCACCUCGCAGAAGGAGAUCGACGACCUCAUGAUCAAGCUUGACGGCACUCCCAACAAGGGCAAGCUUGGUGCUAACGCUAUCCUGGGUGUCUCCAUGGCUGUUACCGAGGCCGGUGCCGCCGACAAGGGCCUUCCCCUGUACGCUUACAUUGCCUCGCUUGCCGGCGUCAAGGAGCCUUACAUCCUCCCCUGCCCCUCCUUCAACGUCAUCAACGGCGGCUCGCACGCUGGUAACGCCCUUGCCUUCCAGGAGUUCAUGCUCCUCCCCACCGGCGCUUCCAGCUUCACUGAGGCCAUGAAGAUCGGCUCCGAGACCUACCACGUCCUCAAGAAGGUCAUCGUCAAGAAGUACGGCAUUGACGCUGUCAACGUCGGAGACGAGGGUGGCUUCGCCCCCAACGUUUCCGGUGCCGAGGAGGCCCUUGAGCUCCUCACCGAGGCCAUCAAGGCUGCCGGCUACACUGGCAAGAUCCAGAUUGGUCUCGAUGUUGCGUCGUCCGAGUUCUACAAGGACGGCAAGUACGACCUUGACUUCAAGAACCCCAACUCGGACCCCUCCAAGUACCUCACUGGUGAGCAGCUUGGUGACCUUUACCACUCGUACUGCGAGAAGUACGACAUCUGCUCCAUCGAGGACCCCUUCCAGGAGGAUGACUUCGAUGCCUGGACCGCCUACAACAAGACGGCCAAGAUCCAGAUUGUCGGCGACGACCUCCUCGUCACCAACCCCCUCCGCAUCAAGACCGCCAUCGAGAAGAAGGCUUGCAACGCCCUUCUCCUCAAGAUCAACCAGAUCGGCACCAUCUCCGAGUCCAUCCAGGCCGUUCAGCUCUCGCAGUCCAACGGCUGGGGUGUCAUGACCUCGCACCGCUCUGGUGAGACCGAGUCGACUUUCAUUGCCGACCUUUCCAUUGGUCUCCGCACCGGACAGAUUAAGACCGGAGCUCCGGCCCGUUCGGAGCGCCUCGCCAAAUACAAUCAGCUGCUGCGUAUUGAGGAGGAGCUCGGCUCCAACGCUGAGUACGCCGGCGGUCGUGGCCUUGCCAAGGGCCUCCAGCCCCCUGCUCUUCUCUCCGAGCAGUAA